AUGAGAGUGGCUCCAGACCAACAAACAGACUUCAAGAUCACUGUCCUAGAGCUGCGUAAUUUGAUGGAAUUACGAACUAAAGAUGCAGUUAACAAAAUAAAAGAAAAUUAUGGAGAGGUUUACAGAAUAUGUACACUGCUGAAGACUUCUCCCACAGAUGGGAUAGUGGGUUCCCAAGCAGAAAUAGCUCUCAGGAAAGCUAUCUUUGGAAAGAACUUUAUACCCCCGAAAAAACCACUAACGUUCUUGGCGUUAGUGUGGGAAGCAUUGCAGGAUAUGACAUUAUGCAUCUUAGAAGUUGCAGCCAUUAUAUCACUGGGACUUUCUUUUUAUCAUCCAGCAGGAACAAAACCGGCAGCAUGUCAUAUAGGUGACACUGCAGAAGAAGAAGAAGAAGAAGCUACAGAGGCUGAAUGGAUAGAAGGAGCGGCAAUUCUUUUGUCAGUAGUUUGCGUGGUGUUGGUAACCGCUUUCAAUGACUGGAGUAAAGAGAAACAAUUCAGGGGGUUGCAACUUCGCAUUGAAAGUGAACAGAAAUUCACAGUCGUCAGAGGAGGGCAGGUAAUCCAGGUGCCAGUGUCUGAGUUAGUGGUUGGGGAUAUUGCACAGAUCAAGUAUGGUGACCUUCUGCCAGCCGAUGGCAUUCUUCUCCAAGGGCAUGAUCUGAAAACUGAUGAGAGCUCCCUCACAGGGGAGUCGGAUCUUGUCAAGAAGUCUUUGACAGAGGAUCCCAUAUUGCUGUCAGGUACUCACGUGAUGGAAGGCUCUGGAAGAAUGGUCAUCACAGCCGUAGGUGUAAAUUCACAAACGGGAAUUAUCCUCACUUUACUUGGAGUGGGGGGGGACAAUGGGAAAACAAAGCAAAACAGCAAAAAGCUUAAAAAAACAGAUGAGCCCCCUGAGAAAAAGGAGCAUGGAGCUUCUGAAAACAAAAAAAUGGAAAAGGAGCAAAAAACGACACACAAAAAAGAAAAAUCUGUUCUUCAAGCAAAACUUACACGAUUAGCCGUUCAGAUUGGCAAAGCAGGCCUGGCAAUGUCUGUAAUCACAGUUUCUGUCCUAACAGGAUCUUUUAUAAUUAAAAAUUUUGUUAUUGAGAAGCGUAUUUGGACUGUUGAAUGCACACCAAUUUAUAUACAAUAUUUGGUGCAGUUCUUUAUUAUUGGAGUUACGAUAUUGGUUGUAGCAGUGCCAGAAGGCCUUCCACUUGCUGUCACAAUCUCACUCGCCUACUCUGUUAAGAAAAUGAUGAAAGAUAAUAACCUAGUGCGACAUUUGGAUGCCUGUGAGACUAUGGGUAACGCAACAGCCAUUUGCUCAGAUAAAACAGGAACUUUAACCAUAAAUAGAAUGACAGUGGUCCAAGCCUUUAUUGGUGGCACACAUUAUAAAGUUAUUCCUUCUCCCAAUUUAAUUCAUCCAACUAUUAUGAAUUAUCUGCUGAAAGGAAUCUCUGUAAACUGUGCUUAUACAUCUAAAAUUCUGACUCCUGAGAAAAGUGGUGGCCUCCCCCGUCAUAUUGGCAAUAAGACUGAAUGUGCUUUGCUGGGCUUUCUUGUAGAAUUAAAACAGAAUUAUGAGUCUGUAAGGACUAAAAUACCAGAGGAGGCACUGUUUAAAGUGUACACCUUCAAUUCUGACAGGAAAUCUAUGAGCACAGUUUUGAGAAACGCUAGCGGUAGCUAUCAAAUGUUCACCAAAGGCGCUUCUGAAAUAAUCCUUAACAAAUGCAGAACGAUAUUGAAUAGUGAUGGGGAGCCUGUACCUUUCACACAAAAAGACUAUGACAACAUAGUAAAGAAUGUGAUCAUACCGAUGGCCAAUGAGGGACUCCGAACCAUAUGUCUAGCUUUCAGAGAUUUCUCAUCUUUCAGUUCAGAACCACAAUGGGACAAUGAGGAUGACAUUAUCAAGGACUUGACAUGCAUCACAAUUGUAGGUAUUGAAGAUCCAGUGAGACCUGAAGUUCCUGCUGCAAUAAAAAAAUGUCAAAAUGCUGGCAUUGUUGUGCGUAUGAUCACUGGGGAUAACAUUGACACCGCUCGUGCAGUAGCUGUAAAAUGUGGCAUCUUGCGACCCGAGGAUAACUUUAUAUGCCUGGAUGGAAAAGAAUUUAAUAAACGAAUACAGAGUCCUGAAGGAGUGAUUAAACAAGAGCUGCUCGACCAGAUCUGGCCUCGGCUUCGUGUGCUUGCAAGGUCCUCACCAACUGACAAAUACAUCUUGGUAGAAGGGAUCAUUAACAGCAACCUCACAGAACAAAGGCAAGUGGUAGCGGUGACCGGUGAUGGUACUAAUGAUGGGCCUGCUUUAAAAAAGGCUGACAUUGGCUUUGCAAUGGGCAUUGCUGGCACAGAUGUAGCUAAGGAAGCCUCUGACAUCAUUCUCACAGAUGAUAACUUCUCAAGCAUUGUUAAAGCAGUUAUGUGGGGUAGGAAUGUAUAUGACAGCAUUUCCAAAUUCCUUCAGUUUCAGCUUACUGUCAACAUAGUAGCAGUACUUGUUGCUUUUGUAGGAGCCUGUGUCACCCAGAAUUCCCCUCUGAAAGCUGUUCAGAUGCUUUGGGUCAAUCUCAUCAUGGAUACGUUUGCUUCUCUUGCCUUGGCCACAGAAAAGCCAACAGAAGCUCUGUUGAAACGGAAACCAUAUGGUAGAAAUAAACCCCUCAUCUCCCGUACCAUGCUGAAAAGCAUUUUGUGCCAUGCCUUUUAUCAGCUUGUAGUUGUCUUUGGACUUCUUUUUGCAGGUGAAAAAUUGUUUGAUAUUGAAAAUGGACGAAGUGCACCCAUGCAGGCCCCACCGACCCAACAUUACACAAUUGUAUUUAAUACGUUUGUAAUGAUGCAGAUUUUUAAUGAAAUCAAUGCACGAAAGAUCCACGGGGAAAGAAAUGUGUUUGAAGGAAUAUUCACAAAUGCCAUUUUUUGUUGUGUUGUUUUGGGAACGUUGAUUGUGCAAGUCAUCAUUGUUCAAAUUGGAGGGAAGCCCUUUAGCUGUGCAGAACUUUCACUAGAUCAGUGGCUGUGGUCAGUCUUCCUUGGUGUUGGGACACUGCUGUGGGGACAGCUAAUCAUAAGUAUUCCAAACAGGUAUUUGCUGUGCUUGAGGGAAGUCGGUGAGGGGCCACCAAAAGAGGAAAUGAUUGAAGCAGAACAAGCUGAAAACUCAACAGAGAUCGACUAUGGUGAGCGGGAACUGAAUCGCAGUCAGAUUUUGUGGUUUAGGGGGCUGUCUAGAAUACAAGCUCAGAGCAGAGUAGUAAAGGCAUUCCGUGCUUCCGUAUAUAAUGACUUAGAAUCAGCAAACAACAGCAAAACUGUCUGA